GCCCCGUCCGGCCCGGAAGGGUCAGGGGUCAGUGGGUGGUGACAAGCCGCUGCUGUGGCGGUGUUCCCGGGUCCUGGGCCUAUGGCGCCACCGCAGCGAUGUCCUCUGUGUCGGCAAACUUUCUUCUGUGGUCGCGGACACGUCUACAGCCACAAGCACCAGCGGCAGUUGAAGGGGGCUCUGGAGCGGCUUCUACCGCAGGUGGACGCCGCCCGCAGGGCCGUCCGCGCCGCCCAGGUGGAGCGCUAUGUCCCCGAGCACGAUCGGUGUUGUUGGUGCCCGUGCUGUGGCUGCGAAGUGCGAAAACAUCUGAGCCAUGGCAACCUGACAGUGCUACACGGGGGUCUGCUGGAACAUCUGGCCAGCCCAGAGCACAAGAAAGCCACCAACAAAUUCUGGUGGGAGAACAAGGCCAAUGCCCAGAUGAAAGAGAAGUUUCUGAUCUCCCCCCAGGAUUAUGCGCGGUUUAAGAAGUCCAUGGUGAAGGGCUUGGAUUCCUAUGAGGAAAAGGAGGACGAGGUGAUUAAAGAGAUGGCAGCUCAGAUCCGUGAGGUAGAACAGAGUCGGCAGGAAGUGGUCCGAUCUGUCUUAGAGCCUCAGGCCGAGUCAGAUCCAGAAGAGGGUUCUUCAGCACCUGAAAGUUGGAAAGCGACCAACGGCCACGUAGCUGCCAGCUCACAGCAGGUAUCACACUUGGCCUUGCAACCUGUUGCAGAGCUUGAUUGGAUGGAGACAGGACAGCAACUAACAUUCAUUGGCCAUCAGGAUACACCUGGAGUUGGUAAUAUUCACUCAGGUGCCACACCUCCCUGGAUGAUCCAGGAGGAGCAACACAGCUCUGGAAGCCUCCCAAUAGGGCCCUCCUAUGAGGAAUUUCUCAAAGAAAAGGAAAAACAAAAACUGAAGAAACUCCCUCCAGAUAGAGUUGGCGCCAACUUUGAUCACAGUUCCAACACCAGUGCAGGCUGGCUGCCCUCUUUUGGCAGAGUCUGGAAUAAUGGACGCCGCUGGCAGUCCAGGCAUCAAUUCAAAACUGAAGCUGCAACAAGAAGCAAGCAGCCACAUAAAGGGAAAAGCUGAAGGCUCGAUCUCAUCUGACCUUGCGUCCAACAAACCCAUUCCAGCUACUAUUCAUUCCUAAGACCAAAUCCUCUCUAGCUGCCUUAGGAAACAGAUGCACCCAUUCAUUUGAUUCAAUAAAGUUUUAUUUUCCCAAAUGUA